GCUCCGCCGGCCCCGCGCAAGGUGGACGCAGCCUACAGCGACAAUGGCGUGGACUCGGCGCUCUUUAUGGAAAACGCCCGGAAAGGAAGCAUAGUGUCACGAGCCAACAGUAUCGGCUCCACCAGUGCCUCUUCCGUCCCCAAUACAGAUGAUGAGGACAGCGAUUAUCACCAGGAGCCUUACAAGGAGUCGUACAAGGACCGGCGCAGGCGGGCGCACACCCAGGCGGAGCAGAAGAGACGAGAUGCCAUCAAGAAAGGCUACAAUGACUUGCAGGCCAUCGUUCCCACCUGUGAGCAGCAGGAUUUCUCCAUGGGCUCCCAGAAGCUGAGCAAGGCCAUCGUCCUCCAGAAAACCAUCGACUACAUCCAGUUCCUGCACAAGGAAAAGAAGAAGCAAGAGGAGGAAGUUGCUAUCCUCAGGAAAGACGUGAUGGCCUUGAAGAUCAUGAAAGUGAACUACGAGCAGAUUGUGAAAGCUCAUCAGGACAACCCAAAUGAGGGGAAGGACCAGGUGUCUGACGAGGUGAAGUUCAAUGUUUUCCAAGGCAUUAUGGAUUCCCUGUUCCAGUCCUUUAACACCUCCAUCUCAGUAACGAAUUUUCAGGAGCUCUCGGCUUGCGUCUUCAGCUGGAUUGAGGAGCACUGCAAGCCCCAGACACUGCGGGACAUUGUGAUCGGGGUCCUGCACCAACUGAAGAGUCAGCUCUACUGAGCCUUCCUGCUGCAGCGCCAGUGGCUCCGGGGCUGCCGCCGCCUCCGCACCCGUGGGGACGGGGCAUCUCCUGCCCGGGGGCCUGGGUGAUGGGCGCCAGGAAGGGCUGGGCCAUCUCCCUCGCGGCUGUUCUUAAAGCUUCUCUGGAUUAUUUAUUGUAUUAACUACAAAACCAAAAUGAGGCUGUGCAGACACCUCUGCUCCACAGGUACUGUCACAGUCAAUAUUACCAAAUAUUUGUAGGGACUUAGCAAAGGUGGGGAAAAAAAUGUGUAUUGAGCAGAGGUCUUUUAAGGUGCCAGAGAGUCUUUGGCUCAGGCAGGUGUGGUGGGGUUUGCCUGUGCCACUGACUCUCCACCGUGGAGCGGAUCUGCUCUGUAACCUCAGCCCUCCGAUACAACCCCUUCUGAUCCUGGGGGAGAGGGAAUGAAGCAAGAAUGCAUGCUAAAAGCUGUUGGUUUCUGUUAAAACAGACUAGGAAUAGGCUUCUCCCAUAACCGUGGGCUUUCUCAUACCUCCCUCUGAAGCAGCUCUUACGGGGCAGGUUUUUUUUAAGCUGUGUAGAUGCUUUGGGGAAGCCUGGCAGAGCUGGCUGAAGGAUGAGCCUGUCGCUGCCAGGGAGACGCUUAGUCGGUGCAGCCGCAGCCUCCCCAGUGCAGAGCUGGCGGCACGCGCCGGGGACUUGCUAAAACCUGACCUCUUCCGCUGCAGCCAUAGUUCCCCUGACAGGGAGACGGGAGUGAGCUUUCUGUGCAGGCUUUUCCUGAGCGAGUGCUGAAACGUGUCUGGCUUCAUCUGUCUUCGGGUUUUGGUGUGGCUGUACUGAACGGGGAAGUAGUUCAGUAGCUGUAGCACGGUGCUGCGCGGGCUCUCGCUGCUCCUCCUUACAGCUUUUAUGUAGAUACAUACAUAGACAUAACCAGCCUUGAUUUGAUUUUUGUUUUUAUAAAUCACUGAAAUCAUCUUGAAGUAUUACCAGUGUCAGCUUUGCAGACGGGUGCUCUCUGGGACACUUUUUUAACCUGUCACAUGCUGCCGUCAGUGCGGGUCAUGGCUCUGGCCAACACAAACGCUUCGUGGCGUGGUGUAGCUGCUGCCCAAGCGAUGGUUGUUCACCACACAGAGCGACUGUACUGGGGCUCCUCCAGCGUGGUGACGCCAGCAGCAGGAUUUGUUCUCUGUAAUCGCCUUCGUGCUCCCACUCCAGGGGUAGUGGAUAUUUAUUUUACACUCAGUUCCAGGUUACGUGGUUUGAACGCUGCAGCGUGAGAAUGUUUAAGCUGCUGGUUCUACCCCCAUUUAGUAGCAGAGAACCCCGUGGGGGGGUGUGUGUGUGUGAGAUUUUUAUACAGAAUUAUUCUUCAAACCCUGCCUUUGGGUGCCCUUUUCAAUGCAACGGAAGCCCCAGAGUCAAACCCUGCGGUGAUGCACAUCACUGAUAAAGCACGCACAGGGUCAGCUGUGUCUCGCCUGGACAAUCUUGCUCCGGGAUGAAGAAAAUCCUUUCUCGUGG